AUGGCUCCCCGUGGGAACCAGAGCGAUGGGACUACAGAGUUUGUCCUGGCGGGCUUCCCGAAUCUCAACAGCACAGGAGUGGGGCUCUUCUCUGUGUUCUUCCUUAUUUACGUGUUGACUCUAACGGGCAACGUGUUGAUUGUGGGGGUGGUAGGAGCUGAUCGCCGUCUGCAGACACCCAUGUAUUUCUUCCUGGGUAACCUGUCCUGCCUGGAGAUACUGAUCACAUCCGUCAUCAUCCCUAAGAUGCUCAGCAAUUUCCUCUCAAAACAACACACCAUUUCCUUUGCUGCAUGUAUCACCCAGUUUUAUUUUUACUUCUUUCUUGGGGCCUCUGAGUUCCUACUGUUGGCCGUCAUGUCUGUGGAUCGCUACCUGGCCAUCUGCCGCCCUCUGCACUACCCCCUGCUCAUGAAUGGAGCUGUGUGCUUUCGUGUGGCCUUGGCCUGCUGGGUAGGGGGGCUCCUUCCUGUGCUGGGCCCCACAGUGGCAGUGGCCUCUCUUCCUUUCUGCAAACAGGGCGCCGUGGUCCGGCAUUUCUUCUGUGACAGUGGCCCGCUGCUCCACCUGGCAUGCACCAACACCACUAAACUGGAGGAGGCUGACUUUGUCCUGGCCUUUCUUGUCAUUGUGGCCUCCCUCACUAUCACUGCCGCGUCCUACGGCCGAAUAGUCCUGGCUGUCCUGCGCACACCGUCUGCUGCAGGCCGGCAGAAGGCCUUCUCCACCUGUACCUCCCACCUUAUGGUGGUAACCCUCUUCUAUGGAAGUGCCAUUUUUCUCUAUGUGAGGCCAUCGCAGAGCGGCUCGGUGGAUGCCAACUGGUCAGUCACAGUGAUCACAACAUUUGUGACACCUCUGCUGAAUCCAUUUAUCUAUGCCUUGCGCAACGAUGGAGUCAAGGAAGCCUUGAAAGACAUGUUCAGAAAGGUGCUAGCAGAGCUCUUAGAGCAUCCUUUCCUUGGGGAGAAUUUGAGAAAGAAGACAGUAAGUUGA